AUGAGGCUGGACGCUACACGCAUGUGGCGGCGUCGUGCCGGGCCGCGGAAGCGACCCGCGGGCCUGCUCGUAGAUAUGGCUCUGUAUCUUAGCUGUCUGCUCGUGAUGUGGUGGCUGCUGAGAUGGCUCAAGCGCUCGCACCAACCAUCGGAGGCACAACUGGUGCGCCAUCUGGGACGGCUUUCCCAUCCGUGGGCCGUGGUGGUGCAGCACGAGGAUGCCGUGGGGCGCCUGAGCACGAGGGUAUUGGAGGAGGAGCGGCGUGCGCGGUGCGGUCGUGGGCCAGCCGUGCGCGUCGGUGCAUGCAAUGCGUCGCUGCUUCUCUCUCCGCACAUGCUGCCCUCGUGGACACUGCGCGUUGUGGAGAGGGACUGCGCGGACUGCACCGACCGACAGACGCAUGACAGCGCUGUGCAGGGCGUGGAGUUGCAGCCACAGCACGCCGUGUACGCGACGUCGUCUGCACCGCUGGGCCGUGUCGGGCCGAUGCUGCUGGCGAUGACGAGCGUGACGGACGACGUGAAUGUGCGCACGGAGCUGCCGCAGUGGGAGUGGCUGCGGCACGUGUACGGUGAAGGGUUUCCGACCGUGGGUGGCGCUGGCGAGGGGGCUGCGCAGCCGCGGAGACCGUAUCUUGCCGUGAUGGGCAUCCCGUCGACGGAUCAGCCGGCGCGUGCUGCCCUGCGUGAGGCACAGCGCAGGACGUGGCUGACGUACCAGGAGGUGGCGCGCACGGAGAACCACUUCGAUGCCACGCUGCUGGCGCUGUACGUCUUCGCCGCGGUGGAGCCAGGGGUAUCUCUGGAUACGCCGACGAAUGGAAAGACGACGGCGGCGGAGCCCGUGAGAGGGGUCGCGCACGUCACCGACUCCGCGAAACGCUGCUAUAAUAGGAGUGCGCUGCUGCCAAACUUUACAGAGUACGGUGCGGCCUCGCAGGCCCUUGCGGCAGGCAGUGCGACUGCUGGAGGCCUCGUUGAGGGCGUCGAGCGCCGCCGAGUGGCCCUCCGCAGUAGUUGGCAGCUCGAAGAUGUUGUGAGCUCUCCCUGUGAUCGAGUUAUCCGUUUGCCGUACGCGGAGGAGGGGGCCGCAACGCCUGCGCUGUUGUACCUGAGCGGUGCCCUGUCGCUCCCCGUGACACCCGCGUUCACGUCGCCGGCGGAGUACGUCUGCCACGCGUCGUCUGCGCUGUGGCAGGAGGCGCUGACGCACCGCAACGUUGUGUGGAUCGACAUGAUGACGGACCGCCGGCCGACCACGAACAAGAAGCUUGGCGAGGACGGCAAGUGGGGUCUUCCCGUGGAGGUUGGGAUGAGCCAGAAGCUGAUCCUGUGGCUGGAGUACGCGUACCACGCCUUCAAGAAUGUGCCUUUCAUCAUCAAGGGCGAUGACGACAGCUACGUGAAGGUGCCGCAGUUCCUGAGCGAUGUGCGGUACGUGAUGGGUGGCACGCAGUCCCGACAAGCAUCGCUGCAACUGUAUCGCUUUGUGAGCGGUGCGCGUGACGAGGCGGUAGGUUUUAGAGGGGUGACGAAGGCAGUGGCACCGGCAGCGGCAGACGCAGAUGCGUACGCCAACGUAACGCCCACGCUGAAAGCACCUUCGCUGGUGGAGGAAGCGGAGUGCGUGUACUGGGGUAGCUUGCGUCACCACCUGCACACGCAGUUCAACGCUGGCAUGACGUUCAUGAUGCAUCGUCGCGUGGCGCAAGCGCUGCUGGAGCCGAAAGCGAGCAGACACCGACUGGACAUUGUGCGCCUCGCCGUAGAGGACUUUGCCACGAGGCGCACGGCGGCAUACCGACGCAUCAUGUUCCACCAUGAGGACAUCCUCAUAGGGCUGCAGAUCUACCGCGCCUUGCCACGCGUGAAGGAGUUGUGUCCGAAUGGGCGACUGUGGUACGUAAAGGAGUGGUAUGCGCGGUUUCACGACAUACACGUUGGGCGGACGCACAACGUCACGUGGUCGACGGUCGUGGCGCACCGCUGUCGUCCGUCUGACUCGUACUACCUGCACUAUUACUUCCGUGAAGAGCACCGCAUCGCGGCCGCCACGGGCAGGUACGCCACAGAGGAAGAGCACGAGGCGGCGGCGGUCCAGAUGGCGGCGCGGUGGGUGACCGAGAUGCAGAAAGAUCCGCUCAUGAUGACGCUAAACUGGAGCGGUCUGCCAGACGUGCAGUGGGCCCGUAACAUCUCCCGACGGCCGCCAUUCACGUUGGCCGAAGGCGACGGCGUCGCGGUGUAUGAGAACCGCUACGAGUACUGGACUCAUGAAGCGACAAACAUCCAUGACGGGUAUCGCUCGCUGCCGCAGUGGUGA